UAUGUCUUUAUAUAGUCGCCACAGAAGUAAGUUGUGUGAAUUUUAUGAUUCAUUAUACACGAUUGUAAUCGUAAAUAUUAAGCUAUGUGAUCUGCAUGUUUUAGAUCGAAUACACUACAUUACUACACAAUAAACAAGUGCUAUACGGUUUGUGGUGACUCUGGUAACUUCUUCGCGGUACAUAAAUUAAAUUAUUUCCUUAGAAUUCUUCUAGUUUAUCUAACGCUAUCCAAUCAUUGACUUCCAACGACGGGAAGUUAUACGUCAGGGGAAAAACCGAGCAGUUCAUAUUUGGCAUUUCGAUAAAUCAAGUUUUUUAAAAAAAUCUUGGAUUCUUACUUGAGUUGUGAUAGCAAGAUGAUGCGACUGGCCUAGGAAUCGUUGUCACCAACUUAAUUUGAACGUUUAUUAAUUAAAUAUAAAUUUGAAUUUCAAUGUUUAGUCAGUCUAGGUUUUUAGGCGGAAUUGAAGACUAAUCAUGGCGGAAAAUGUAAGCGAUUUGAUGGAACCACUUCUGCAACAAGAACAUCAGGAUUCAAGCUCCACUUCCUUCUCCAACAUGACUUUACCAGCAACUACGAUAUACGGCACACCUCCUUUCUCUAUAUCCCCCAUAUUCGGAACUUCGCCAGAUACCCUCUACGAGCACCCUGGAGGAGCUGAAGUUCUUUUCCUCAACUUGAACGAGCAUACGGUGUUCGAUAAAGUUCAAUCUCGACGAGGAGGACAGGCAAGAAUGCGAGUUAUUAAUGGUGUAAUCGAGAUAGUGUGCAGAACUCCCGUUCAAAUCAUGUGUAUAAAAGCCUUUGUGUCACGAGAGCAGGAAGCAGCGAAACUCCACGGCGAUGAGAAUGGAAGAAUAGAACUGCCAGUAGUUAUGGGGAAGAUUAUGGAUGUUGAAGAUAGCCCUGGAUUCUAUAAGCAAUUUCUUUCUGUCAAUUUGGAUUCAGUUUACGAGGGGCCCAAUAAACCGGUCUACGAGCUAUCAAAGGUCGAAAUGGAAACAAGRAAUCUGUUUCAGCUAUCGAUUCAAGUUCAGUACAUCGGCGGCCUGGGAUAUCAAGAGUUCAAAAGUGUUCCCUUUCUAAUGAGAACCAAACCGAGGACAAUGAAGAGGAAGUUUGAGGAUGAAAACAGUCUGCAUUCUCCAGAUGUCCAAAGGACUCAUCAUGAGAUAGAAAUGGAAAGUCCGCUGUACAGCAGUCUACCAAGUAACGGUGGAGAUCCCAGGACUGUGGAGUUCGACAGGGUUCGCAUCUUGGACCACCUUGAAGCAAAACGAGCGUCCAUUGACCAUCUAACGUUUCGUGUUAUGACAUCACCUAAGAAUGCGGACAUUGGAUAUCGUUUUGGCCUGAAACACCCGGUUUUGAGGGAGGACUUUGAAGAGGGUGAUGUCGUGGGAUUUUUUAAAGAUAAUGAAGGGAAAACGGUUAUUGAUCUUCUUGAUAAUAACAACGUUAAAGAUGCUUUUAUGGCCGGGGUGAUUUCGAGGUCUGCUUACAUUGAAGCGAAACAGGGUUUUGAAAAAGACAAUUCGGAUGUGGUCUGUGUUAUUGGGAUCGUCAAGGUAAACUGUGUUGGUUCUAUACGUGCUGGAGAGAGGAUAUACUCCUCGUUUAACUUAGACAAGCCAGGUAUGGCUAUGGCAGAGUCGCAGUUGCCACCGGGUGCCAUGGUAACCAAGAGWGGGACUCUGUUAGGGAUGGCUAUGGAGGACAGUAAACCGAGGAACAGUGACGAGGAAAGACUUGUCAAAUGUUUUGUGUGUAUUGUGAUGGGAAUCAUUGAUAAACAAGUGGCCAAGGAGGUAGAAAGCUUGUAUGAUCACUUCAACAUACAGAUGACCAUAAGACUGAGAAAAGAGAGGAAACGAGCCCGACAAGCUCUCUGUCUCAUUUUCUCUGUACUUGGGGUCCUACUGAUUGGCCUGGCUGCUUUAGCCUUCGAGCUCUUUUACCCCGGUUCCGCCUUGCGGGUGUAUAUCUGUAAAAUGGGAAGCAUCAAAGGCCAUUAUUCAACGUUUAAAUACUUUCCUAGUCAAAUUAUGAGGACGUUCGAGGUUUAUGGGAUGGAAUUCCCAUCUUGGCCUGCUUUGCAAAAUAAACUGCAUCAGCUUAAAAACUUACCACCAUUAAAUGCUACUAAGGUAAACACCACCAAGGUCCACUAUUACCUCAAUCUUGAUCGUUGUUCCUACGGAGGCUCCAAACUAGCGACAGUCCUUAACCUGGAUCCCGUCAAGGAAGUGGGAGGACCAAUCAUUUACGCCAUCGACCAGAAAUGUUCCAGAGUGUAUUACUAUACAGAUGUAUACCCUGAGGGGUGGAGAAACGAGGAAAGUGUCAAGUAUUACCCCAAACGACUUAACUGUUACCCAAGAAGCAGUUUCAAAACGAAUUGAUGUCCCUAUCAAAAAUGAAGGGUGGAUUAAAGAAAGGGAGAAUGAAAUAAAGGAGAAAAGGRGAAAGGGGAAAAGAAAAUAAUGGGAGUUGAACAAGGAACAGUGGAAAGAUAAUGAAAUGGGAAUAUAAGGAAUGGGAAAAUGAAAGAGUAAAGAAAAUAAAUGAAUGUAUACCUUGAUAAUCUGGAGAUGGUAAUUGACAUUAGUAUCAUCUCCCUCUCCGUCAAUCAGCACGUGAUUGCUUAGCUGUAAAGGCCCUAUUGACAUUAGCAUCAUCUCCUUUUCCGUUGUUGUUAUUAGUGACGUCACUUUCUCAUGACGUCAUCUUGUAUAAUACGAAUAAUUCCCUCUAAAGCUCCUUCUAAAACCUUUUGAGCUAGUUUUGAAUUACGAAGUCACUAAAAUUGAAAUGAUCGUGUAGAAUAAACAAUAACUGAUUAAAGAUGA